UAAGACAUCUCUCGUUGACCACCUCCACAUAACAAGUGUCGGUUCUCUCCCGCCCUUUCUCCAUUCCCAUCCCAUCCUAUUCCGCCACCGCUCACUGUCCACUAAGCCACCAUGCCCGGUGGCCCCCCCUCCCUCUCCGACCGUUCGGAAAUUAGGAAGGACGGCCCCCCGCCGCAGCUGCCACAGCUCUCGCUCUCCGGAAGCCCCCUUUCUAGAAUCUUCCUGUGUUUUCAAGUGAAGCCCUUGGCGGCCACAUUGCUCGCCCUCACCCUCGUCAUGCUCAUCUGGAACCUCCAGCCUUACUACGACAGCCUCUUCUUCCCCACCUCCCCUCCGCCUCCGCCAUCUUCAUCUCUUCCACUCACUGCCAUCACUCAGAAUCAGAAGCAGAAUCUCCUCACUCCCGCCGCCGAUCCCAGCAAGCGCCUUUUCCACGCCUACGGCAAUGCCGCAGCCCUCUUCGUCCAAAUGGGCGCCUACCGCGGUGGCCCCACCACCUUCGCCGUCGUGGGCCUCGCCUCCAAGCCCGUCCACGUCUACGGCCGGCCCUGGUUCAAAUGUGAGUGGAUCUCCACCAACAUCUCCUCCUCUUUCAAAGCCAAGGCUGUAAAAAUGCUUCCGGAUUGGGGCUACGGCCGCGUCUACACCGUCGUCGUCGUCAACUGCACCUUCGCCCGGAAUCCGAACGAGGACAAUACUGGCGGCAAGCUUGUCGUUUACGCCUACUACGGGGAAUCCCCAAAAAGGUACGAGAAGUUCACGGCGUUGGAAGAGGCGCCCGGGACCUACGACGAGUCGAAGUAUCGACCGCCGUACCAGUACGAGUACCUGUAUUGCGGAUCCUCGCUGUACGGCAACCUGAGUGCCGCCAGGAUCCGGGAAUGGAUGGCGUACCACGCGUGGUUCUUCGGGCCCAGCUCGCAUUUCGUGUUCCACGACGCCGGCGGAGUUUCGCCGGAGGUGAUGGCGGCGCUGGAGCCGUGGGUGAAAGCCGGGAGAGUGACGGUACAGGACAUCCGGGCACAGGCCGAAUACGACGGCUACUACUACAACCAGUUCCUCAUUGUGAACGACUGCCUUCACCGGUACCGGCACGCCGCCAACUGGACGUUCUACUUCGACGUCGACGAGUACAUCUACCUUCCCGACGGCAACACUCUGGAAUCAGUUUUGAAUGAGUUCUCGAAUUAUACCCAAUUCACGAUUGAGCAAAACGCAAUGUCGAGCGUGCUCUGCUUGAAUGAUUCUUCUCGAGACUACUCCAGGGAAUGGGGAUUUGAGAAGCUGGUGUUCCGGGACUGGAGAACGAAGAUCAGAAGGGACCGGAAAUACGCGAUUCAGGCGAAGAACGCGUACGCGACGGGGGUACACAUGUCGGAGAACGUGAUCGGAGGGACGCUGCACCAAACGGAGACGAAGAUCAGGUACUAUCACUACCACAACUCCAUCACCGUGCCCGGCGAGCUUUGCCGGCAGCUGCUACCUAUGUCAGCCAAGCGCAACCUCACCUGGCUGGACAAUGUACCUUACUUUUACGACGACAGCAUGGUGAGGCUCGCCCCGAUUAUCAAGCGAUUCGAGCUCUCAUCCAUAGGAUCCUCCGUCCAUUAAAAGAAGAAAGUAAAUUAAAGUUUGUUUCUUUUUCUUUUGGGUUCCCCAGAAACUUGAUUAAUUAUCCUUUUUGGGUUUCUUCUUCCUGUGAAGAUCAGAUUAUAUUUAUAUAUUGGGAUUGAGUUGGAAAGAAGAGCCAGAGAUUUGGGAGGCAAGAGAGAGAGAGAGAGAGAGAGAGGCUGCUGUGGUGUGGUGUGUACAUUAAUGGGGUCCUCAAAAAUCACUUGCAUAUUUGUUGUAAAGAGAUGGAAUGUUCAAAAAAUUUAUUGGUUUCUUCGAUUUCAGAAUUUUGUAAAUUCCUUCUUCAUCCUUAAAGAAUGGCUGAAAUGGAAAAUUUGUUCUCUGUGCGUACUUUGUCUGAUGUGG